AUGGCCUCCCUGCUGCGUCAGAUCGUCGCCGGUCCGCGCCUAAAACACGAGGAUACGGGGCUAGAUCUAUGUUAUGUUACCUCGAAUAUCAUCGCAACAUCCGGACCCUCACAAACCUACCCCCAACGAGCCUACCGUAACCCCCUUGACCGUUUGGUCGCUUUCCUCGACGAGAAGCACGGCGAUGGCUGGUCCAUCUGGGAAUUCCGCGCCGAGGGUACUGGAUACCCGGACGAAGCGGUGUAUAAUCGGAUUAGACACUACCCGUGGCCGGAUCAUCACCCGCCGCCGUUCAGGCUGGUGCCGAUGAUUACGGCUAGUAUGCGGAAUUGGUUGGAUGGGGAGGAUGAAGGGACAUCUGGGAACGAUGGAGAUAAUACGACGCCGGCGACGCCUGAUGCGACAAAUGGAGGUGCCGGCACUGGCGCAACAAAUGGAAGCGUAAAAGACAACGAGAAGAAAGAGGAAAACAAAAACACAGCGGAACACAACAAACUCGACCUCGACCGUCCCCGCCAAAAGGGCGAGCGCGUCGUCGUCGUCCACUGCAAAGCCGGCAAAGGCCGCUCCGGCACCUCCAUCUGCAGCUACCUGAUCUCCGAGUGCGGCUGGACCGCCGCCGACGCCCUAGCGCGCUUCACCGAGCGACGCAUGCGGCCCAACUUCGGCAAAGGCGUGUCGAUCCCCAGCCAGGUUCGAUACGUCGGUUACGUCGACCGGUGGGCCAACGCCGGCAGCGAGCCGACCAAAAAGAAGAUAUACGUGGACAGGCCGAUCGAGAUCGUCGAGAUACACGUCUGGGGACUCAGACACGGGGUCAAGCUGGCCGUGGAAGGGUUUGCGGACGAGGGGAAGAGGAUCGAGACGUUGCAUACGUUUGGGAAGGGGGAGAGGAUCGUUGUGCAGGGGGAUGCGCCGGGUGGAGGCGGGGUGAUGGAUAUGUUUUAUGAUAUGGCUGGGUAUGGCGUGGGUAAAGAAAGCGAUUCAGAGGAGGAGGUGGAGAAAAAGGGGGUUUCGGGCUUGGAUGGGACGAGGAGUGAUGUUGAUGAUGCAGCAGAUCGGUCAACAACAACGGAUUCGUCUAGCACGAGGAGGAGUAGGAGUAAGGAAAAGGUGGGAAAGAUGGGGAGCAGGGCGAGCAGUUUGAUGAGGAAGAUUUCGGUGCGAAAGGGCAAGGACCAUAAAGAGAAGGAGCUGGAGAAGAAGAAGAGUGCGCUGAGCGGUUCAUCAGCAACAUCAAGUGAUGGGAGCAUCCCCAAGCUUGGGGAGACUACUGCUGGCAACAACAAGGCAGGCAAAGCAGGAAAAGCAAAUGGCGGGAAGGCAAAGACCAUCGCGAUGCCGGAAGCCUCGCAAGUCACGAAAAUUCCGUCGACAGAACAGAACACUGUCAGCGAAUCUACUUCCAACCUCACCCCCAUCCGCUCGAAAACCAGCACCGAAUCCGCUCCCAAGCAACAAAAGCCUGUCCUCGCUGAGGAAUCAGAACCAGGCGGUCAAGCCGUCAUCUUCAAGCCCAAGAACCCCAUCAUCGUCCCCAACAGCGACAUCAACAUCGACAUCGAAAGACGAAGCCGUGCCUCGGCCAGCCUGGGUCUAACCAUGGUCACCUCCGUCGGCCACGUCUGGUUCAACGCUUUCUUCGAGGGCAACGGGCCGGAGCAGGAUGGCAAGGCGGACGAAAGCGGCGUGUUCGAAAUCGAGUGGGACAAGUUGGAUGGCAUCAAGGGGUCGAGCAGGAAGGGGACUAGGGCUCUCGAUCGGCUGUCGGUUGUCUGGAGAGUUGCUGGGACUGGGACUGGCGCUGGCGCCGCCACUGAGGCUGCUGCUGCUGUAGCAAAGGGGGGAGAACAAACAACGGCCGGGGCUGCUGCUAGUGCUGCUGCUGCGCCUGAAACGGUCCAGGGAGUUACGGUUAUCACUCAGCCUGGGGAGAAGAGUCCUGUGCCCCAGAUGAAGCCUGCGGAUUGGAAAGGUGUCGGUCCUGAUCACCUUCCGAAGGAAAAGGAAUUGGGUUUGAGAGCGGAGACGACGGAAAGCGCGAGUGUGAGCAAGGCCAGUAGCUUGAGGGAUCUGGAUAUGGCAGAGGGGGGUCCGGGUCUCGAGGCGAAUGGUAAGGGCGGCGGUGAUAAUGACGAUGAGUCGUUGGCUGGGGUGAAGACGAGUGACCCGAAGGGAGAAGAGCUUGGCGAAGUUGUUACGCCGAAGGCUUCUGCUUGA